CAAUAACGUAAUAGGGUAAAGCCCUAUGAAGGCAUAGUGACCUACCUAAGGUUUAUGAUGAUCGUGACUAGUAGUCACGGGGAAUAGGGAAGAACGUUUCAAAAUCAACACGGGCCCACGGGUCAACUACUUGACUUUUUAUAAAUUAGUAUAUUUUCAAACAGAGUAACCUAGGGUUACGACCUAUAUUAUGAUAUCAACCUAUUGAGGGUCUUAGGAAUUGAACACCGAUUAUAUACAGUGUAGUUGUCAUUGUACUUUUCAAAUGCUUCAAAGUACUGACCUCUCCAUCACAGGGGAGGCCAGCUCACAGUUUCAGGUAGAAGUUGAGCUUGCUACAAGUACUUGUCGCUUCGAGGAAGGAUCUAGGAGUGAGGACGUGGUUCGUGAUUCCUCCAUUUCCAUUUUUAAGAAAUUACAAUAAUAUUCAUGUAUAAUAUUUUCUGAUAAACUAUUUGGGGGCUUGUAUGCCUAAGUUUGCCAAGUGUGGCUUGAACACUCGUAAUAUUGUUUUCGCUGCUUUAAUGAAUAUUUUACAUUAUGUUUGUUUAUGGAUGUACUAUGUGUGAAUGAUAUUCAUGACGCCCAGUAGAAUAUGAAUAUGCUUGACUGUGGUUGACUAUUCAUACUGUAUGGCGGAUUGUUGACGUGUCCGGGUAGGUCUGGGGCGUGACACAGAACAUCUUCCCAAUAGAUAAGGUCUCCAUUUUUUAACUGCUAUGACAAUGGCCAUUAACUCACGUUCAUUAACUACUCAUAGAUGCUACUACUCUUCCUGCAUCAAAACCGCUCCAAUUCCCUUUCCUGGAGCGUCAAUUUCAACAAUAAAUGUUAUAUCACAAUUUGAGACUUCAAGGACUGUGAGAGUAGUCAUGGACCCUUGAGUUGUUCAAAGGCUGUUGGUGCCUCCUAAUUCCAUUUGUACCCUUCCUUUUUCAACAAAUUUGUCAGAGUUGUGGUUAUUUUGAUGUACCCUUUAAUGAAUCUUCUGUAGGACCUUGUGAGUUCAAAAAAAACCUCUUAAAAUUUUCACAUUCUGAGGUACUGACCAAUCCAGCACAUCUUGUAUCUUACUGAGAUCUGCUGCAACUUCCUCACCAAAUAAGUACUUCUUUAUAUUAACUACGAGUUGGAUCUCUCUAAGAAUCUGUAAAACCUUUAUAAUGUAUUCUGUAUGCUCCUCCACAUCUCUGCUAUAGAUCAGAAUGUCAUAAAAAAUUAGGACAAACUUCCUGACAUAAAGUUUAAGGAUUUGGUUCAGAAGUUCUUGAAACGUAGAGGGGGUGUUUGUUAAUCCAAAGGGCAUCAUAAUAUACUCGUAAUGCCCCUCAUGUGUUUGGGAUAUUGUCUUGUGGAUGUUAGCCUCCUUCAUUCGAACUCGAUGGUACUCGAAUUUUAAAUCCAAUUUGGAAAGUAUGUUUGCUUUUCUCAAUUCAUUCAAUAAUUCUUUUAUUACGGGUGUAGAAAAUUUAUUUGGAACAAUGAUCUUUUUAAAGCCCGGUAGUCACCAAAAAAUAGCCACUCGCUUUCCUUCUUUUUAUCCCAAAAAAUGGACUGUUAUGGGGAUUAUUACUAGGUCUGAUUAUACCUGUACUCAACAAAUCUUCCACCAACUUCUUGAUGUCUUUCUUCUAGUAAUGCAGAUAUCUGUAGGAUCUGAUAUUAUGGACGGUGGCCCCCUCUUUGAUAUCGAAAGACAUGAGGUUGUAAGACUUGAGUGAAUUUAGCCAAAAUUUUCUCUCAUCUCUCUUUAGGAUUGCUUCCUUCAAGGUUGUCUUCUGUGGCUCCCUCCCAUGAACAUAAUAGCCUACCCCAUCUUUCUGCAUGUUCUUCACCAAUGUCUUCCAAGAAGUUUGUGUCCUGCUGAGAGCAAGACCCCCCCCCCCCCCCCCCGCAAUUGCCUUUCUGGUUCAUCUUCCUCCUGUUGUAUGAUUAAUGUUACGAAGUUUACCUUAAUUUUUCCUGUAUAUCCAUGAAACUCGUUUUUGGGUCCAUCUUCAUGGCCCAGUAAAAUUCUCUCAUGCGAAGGGCAUUGAUGAAAAGGAAGAUGUUUGUGCUCUCGGUCAGCUGCUCCCCCUUCAGAGUUUUCAUCCCUCUAUCGGGUGAGGAAUAUAGUGAGUGGUUCCUUCUCUCCUUUGCGGACGUUGGUGAGAUAGCUAUAGCGCCCCUUCUGCAUGGAGCUUGAGGCGAAGUGUACCAGGAAUAGGUGGGACAUUUUGUCUGUGUUGUUGAUUAUUCUUGGCCUUUACUGGCCAAACCACUCCGGUGUUGGGCCCUUGAGGGUGCUGAACAAUAACCAGCAUAUGGAAUCAGGCCCCUUUGGCGACAAGAGGACAUUGGCCCUCGGGUCCUUGACCCCAUUCUAUGUGAGGUUAGCGAGAGUUCUGCAAUCCCGGGGGCUCUCCGUGACCAUUAUCCUUGCUGAGAAAUUAAAGGAGAUGUGAGAUAUGGUCUUUACGGGGUUGGCCCUCUAGAAACUUGUGAGGUGAGAUCGUCCACAUGCCUUUGCAAUGCCGCCUCUGCGUUGUCUCGGGCGGUAGGAGCCGGAUGGAUCUGGUUGUCCUGUCUGGCUCCCUCCGGUCGCACGUGUGCAUCCCCUUGGGGCAUUUUGACGAUCCGACCGUUCAUCCCAUCCAUGUUUUGGGAUCUUCGGUUUUGGUUUGAUAAUGGGGUUUGCUCCCUUGCAUCAUAUCAGACAGUGUGUCUAGCGACGCCGCUCUAUUGAUCGUCCUGUGUGCCCUAGCCUGUCUGGUGAUGGUGAGCCGUUUGACCCUCCCUGGAUUGCCUAUCGAUUGGCUCGGGAAGCUGGGGCCUUGAUUGUCUGCCCAUUUGUGGCCUGUGAAGCGAGAGAUCCCACCCACCCUCUUGAUCUUGUGUCGACCAACCUUCUGCCGAUAUGUUCCGGGCUGAAAUGUGUGGCAUCUCGGAUUCCUCGUGGUGUUCAUCAAAUUAAAGGACCCAUCCAUUGGAUUGGGGUGAGAUGUGUAUGGCUUGUCUCGGCAAACGGCAUGCUCCAUUCCACUUUAGUCUGGGCAGCCAUGUUUUUGGGGUCCUGACCAGUGCUCUCAUUCUCAUAACCUUCGGGUCCGUGUGAGCAUUGUUCGGGUGAGGUGGGUGAGGUCUCCCAAUGCUCCUCCAUCAUGAGUAGACCAUUCGCUACCCGAAGGUUCACCGGAUGCCUGGCCUGAGCCAUCCUGCUCGUGCAAAGGCGAUCAGACAGGUGUCUAGAGGGUUGUCAUGCCAUUGGAAAGGGUGAGAGUUCAAAUUCUCAGCUAAGGAGAUGAUGAUUUUUGGAAAGGGUUGAGAGUUCAAUUUGUCUCUCCUCCUUUAAAAACUUCCUUUAGAUUUUUGACAAAUCUCUAUUCAUACCUGACCUUGGAUUUGGGAUUCGAAGACUGUAUUUGAGGUUAUCCAAAGGGAGGAACGCUCUGAAGUUAGGGAUUUACUAUUCAUGCGAAUGGUGAUUCCGGUCUUGGUUCUCUGAUUUGAAGCUUGGGUAGUGGUUCCGAGGGACUUCUGAGGCUGCUGAAUACUGUCCUGAGCCAGUGUUGUGCUUCGUUCUGUGAUUCAUUUUAUCUUCUUGUACGAAGCUUUGCUGUCUGCGUUUUUGGGGAAACCCUCUGCGGACUGUUAUGGCCGGAAAAAAACAGGGGAAAAGUGUCGAUGCUCCUUCUGUUAACACCAGGUCGAGAGUAGCAGCGGGAUUCAACGUCUUGGAAGCUCUGGAUGAUGAUUUCCCUCUCCUACAAGCUGGGAAGGCUGGGAAGCUCACACAGGGGAGUCCUAGAGGUCCUGGGAGUGGCUUUGACGGGAAAAGUCCUGCUUCUGCAACUGUUUUGGAGGGUACUCCUAAACCUGGGAACAAACAGGUCAUUGGCCAGCGAGGGCUUGAGCAAAAGAAACAUGCAGACUCCUCUGUAAUUGUGACUACGCAGCAACUAGAAACAGCUACUGGGAUGAUCCAACCUGCUGCUCCUGCUAGAACUGAGCCUGGCUCGGUUGUAUUGGGCUCCAAAAUUGCUGGGAAACUAACUGAAGCAGUUAAUGAGGCUCAUGAUGAUGCAAAACAGAUUGAAGUGAGCAAACCGUGGACUACACUCUUUAAGAACAACCGAGCCCCAUCUCAUGGGAUUAAACUGACUUACGUUCCUCCUAAAGGUAAUUCCUUGGACUUUUCUGAUAGGGUAUUGCCAUCCAUGGUUGAGAUGUGGGGAUAUUGUCUUGUUGGUUACUUCACAGGUCGAUUCCCUGGUCUAAAAGCUAUAUAUGAACUGAAAUCUAAGUGGGGAGUAAUCUGCCAAAUCAAGAGACAUGAUAAGGGUUGGGUGAUUUUUAAAUUCCAAACUGAAGCUGACAGAUUGAAAGUGUUAAAAGAGGGACCCUAUGUCAUAUUUGGCAAGCUACUUAUGUUGAAGGUUCUGUCGGAGGACUUCACAUUUGAUGAUGAAGAGUUCCUUAAAGUGCCGAUUUGGGUCAAAUUCCCACGCCUACCAAUGAAACUUUGGAAUAAAGAAGCCAUGAGUGAGGUAGCCUCUAUGGUUGGGGUGUCACUAACUACGGAUUUGGUCACCCAAGAAAGGAGCAAUCAUAAUUUUGCUAGAGUGCUUAUUGAAGUUGAUGCGUCGAAACCGCCCAUGCUUUCAUUUCUUAUCCGACUGCCUUCCCGAAAGGUAAUCAAUCAAUCGGUGGUUUAUGAAACAUUUCCAAAUUUUUGUUUUCAUUGCAAAAAAUAUGGGCACAACCCCUUUUCUUGCAUAGAGAUUUAUGAGAAGGAAGAAAUGGAAAAAAAGCUACUUGAGAAAGAAGUGAAGAAAACAAAUGAGAUUAGUGUGGUUGAAAGUGAGACCAAGGACACGGCACCCAAUGAGUUUGAGGCAGGGGGUGAAGUCUCCGUUCCUGAAGAUAUUCCUCCUGCUGAGAUUGUAAAAGAGCAUACCCAAGAGGCUUUGACCGAGGCUGCCCAAGCUUCCCAAGAUGCAACGGCUGCCCCAGUUCCAGUUGUAGUUCCAGUUGUCACGCCGAAUAUGGAGAGCUCAGACGAAUAUUCAGAUGAGGUUCCUGAUGAAGUAGAGGAGGAGGAUCUGGAUCAGCUAGAUAGUAAUGAGGUAGUGGAAGUUUAUCGGGAUGGGAAGAUUUUUAAAAUAAGGAAAAAUGCUAAGGUGGAUAGAAGGGGAAUGAUCAGGAGAAUUCCGGGAUUGAGCUGGGAGGAGACACUUGCUAGAUUCAAAAUUGCACCUAAAUGAGCGUUAUUAAUUAAUUUAUUAAUUAAUAAUGUUAGACUUUAUGUGUUGAUGUGACUUUCUGCGUUUGAUUUUUUUUUUUUUUUUUUUUUUUUUUGAGAUGGGGUCUGUCCCAUUGCUUUUCCGAUAGGUUUUGUUUAAGCUAGAUAGUUUCUAGCUUAGAUGGACUUGAGUUUGGUCUUGACACAUUGUAAAAUGUUAUUUUUGGGUGUUAAUACAAUUACCUUUCAUCCAAAAAAUUGACAAAUCUCUA